UCUUCUCAUUGCGCAGUCGAGAUUUUCAUGUAAAGAAGACCUUUAGAGCUAAUUAAACAUAUGUUUAUUUUUUAAAAAAGAGACAAAUUUAUUUUCAUCGAAAAUGUGAAGAAUACAAACAAAGAAAUUAAUUUAGGAAAAAUGCGAUAUUUCAAAAGGAAUUAUCCAGAGAUUGAGCGAAACUUAACCAUCUGACAUCGGAAUUAAUUAUGUAUGCAAGCAGUGUUUCUUCUUGAUUCAAUCGAGGGACAAUUAAUACGCAUCAGUAAUUAUUUUUCUAUAUAGAAGAGAAAAAAAAAAAUAAGGUCGACAACGAUGGAUUGUGUCCAGUGUGUGGUUCUGGUGACUUUUGGGAUCAUUUUGUGUUUUCCUGUAAGUGAAGGAUUUUCUAUAAAAGACAGAAGCGGAAACUUCAUUCAUGCCACAUGCCUGUACUGCGAACCCAAAACAUGCGACAACACGACAGGCGUUUGUGAGAGAUGUCUGACGGGUUUCUACGGUGAAAAGUGUGAGAACACAUGCCCGAAUACAUGCUCAACGUGUGAAAAGUCAAAUGGUCGAUGUUUGACAUGCAUUGAUGGAUGGUUUGGUGAAAAUUGCAAUUUUGAAUGCAUUCACUGUUUUUCAUGUCACAAAGACUCUGGAGCAUGUACAUCAUGCCAACCAAACUACUGGGGACCACAGUGUCAGAAUGAAUGCGAAUACAACUGUCACGUGUGUAGCAUAGAAAAUGGUCAAUGUAUUCACUGUGCUCAGGGGUAUUUUGGAGAUGGAUGUACUAGUCAGUGUGGCCAUUGUCGCCGUGGGUUGUGUGACCGAGCCACGGGAACCUGCCAGUUUGGGUGUAACGAUGGGUUCUAUGGGGACUCGUGUGAAAAACAAUGCUCUCAGAACUGCAUGGUCUGUAACCAAACCGAUGGCGAAUGUUUGAUGUGUCAACCGAAUCUCUGGGGAAGUCAAUGUGAUUACACGUGUCCUACCAACUGCGACUUUUGCCACGUGUCUACAGGCGAGUGUUUGGAGUGUGUAGAAGGAUACCACGGAGAUAAAUGUCAGGAACGGUGUGGGAACUGUAUAGGUCUAACUUGUGAAAAGGAUACCGGGUAUUGUGAGUAUGGCUGUCAGGAUGGAUGGUUUGGAGGAAAAUGUGAUCAAAAGUGCAUUCAGAACUGUUCAAAAUGUACAUCUAAAGAUGAAUGCAUGGUGUGUAUUCCUGGAUUAGCCGGAAGUAGGUGUGAUAUCAAAUGUCCUGAAAUUUGUUCUUCUUGUUCCCAGGAUAUGAUAUCUAACGAAAUUGUUUGUAGUGAAUGUGCUGCAGGAUACAGCCAACCUCAGAAAAACUGUUCAUGUACAAUGUCCAAAUGUACCAAACCAAUGCUGACAUGGGCGGGAAGUUAUUGUGAUGAGUGUGAAGCCAACUCCGGUUGGUAUUUAUCACAAGGUGCCUGUUGUCCAUGCAAACAUUGUGCUGGUGGAAAUCAGUUUUGUUCUAGAGAUGGAACGUGCAUUAAUGGUUGUGAACCUAACUAUUAUCCGAAGGAUCAAGGAUGCGAUACUUUUUGCGAUCUAGAACACUGUACCUGGUGUGAGCCCUUCUUUGGGUAUGGAAAAGUGUGUGUGGGAUGCGAUAGUGGAUAUUUCCUGGAAAAAGAUGGUUAUUGUUAUCCUUGUAGUGAGAACUGCAAAGGAGGGAAAGAAAAAUGUCACACGACUACAGGUUCGUGUACGGAUGGUUGUGAGGAGGGAUGGUUUGGAGAUCGAUGCGACUCUACCUGUCAUGCUGAACACUGUGCAGAGUGCGAUAAUACUGCAAACACGUGUCAGUCAUGCAAAUAUGGUUACUAUGGUAAAUCUUGUUCGCAGACUUGUGCAACAAACUGUACAAAAUGUUCUAGAGACACAGGAUCUUGUCUAGAGUGUGUUACAGGGCGAUUCUCGGAGGACUGUUCAAAGACCUGUGACAACUGCAUUAAGAAUGAGUGCGAGGUAUCUGGAAAAUGUUUACACGGUUGCGAGGAGGGAUGGUUUGGAACGAAGUGUAACGAAAUGUGUAUGGAAGGAUGUUCAAAGUGUAGUUCUUUUGAAAUUUGUGAGGAGUGUUAUAAUCAAGCCGCCUUGUUAAAUGGAAAAUGUUAUAGUUCAUGUAGCAGAUGUGUUCACAGUAGAUGUAGCGAAAAAGGUGAAUGUGAAUUAGGCUGUGUUGACGGAUGGUAUGGAAAGAAAUGUGAUCAUCCAUGUCCUAUUGAGUGCUCAAAGUGUAAUUCUAAAGAUUCGUGUGUCUCUUGUUUAAGAGGGUUUAAAUGGGAAGGGAAGAGAUGUAUAUCUACCUGUGAAAAUUGCAAAGACCAGCUGUGUUCAAGCGAUGGGGUUUGCGAUCAUGGUUGUAAUGAAGGUUGGUAUGGUAAAAAAUGCAUUGAAGAAUGUGUGAAAGGUUGUAUAUCGUGUGCUGAUGGUCAAAAAUGUGAUAAAUGCCGAAGUGGUUAUCAAUUAUCUGGAAACAAGUGUAUUGCUGGGUGUGAUUUCUGUCUUGAAGAAGACUGUGACAUACAAAGAAACUGUCACUUAGGUUGCAAAGACGGCCAUUUUGGUCCGCAAUGUACUGGAUCGUGCAUGAAAGGUUGCCAAGUUUGUGACUCUGCUGAAAAGUGUACUAAAUGCUCACCUGGAUUUCAGUUAGUCAACAACUACUGCAAGGCAUCGUGUGCAAAUUGUGCAGACAGGUCAUGCGAUGCAGAUGAAGUGUGUUUAUCUGGAUGUGUAGAUGGUUGGUUUGGAAAACGAUGUAACCAAAAAUGUGCAAAAAAUUGUGCUUUUUGCAAUUCAGAUGCUUGCUUGAAAUGCGAUACUGGAUACGACCUUAUCAAUGCUGGUUGUGAUCGCUCUUGUGGAGAAAACUGCAUUUCAUGUGAACCAGUGUCAAACCCUAGUGAGCCUCUUUGUACAAAAUGUAAGGAUGGUUAUUACACUAGAUAUGGUUUGUGUCAGAAGUGCAGCAGCACGUGCAAGAAUGGCGCCUGUGAAGGAACAACUGCUCAGUGUUUAGAGGGUUGUGUGGAGGGCUGGACAGGCUUACUCUGCAAUACUCCAAUGGAUGGUACAAAAAUACCAACCACAGAUUGCUUAGGGUCUUGUCUGACAUGCAAUCAAGCGACAAAACAAUGUAGUUCCUGCAUUGCAGGAAUGUGGGGCAAAAACUGUAAGCAAAGAUGCCCCGCCAAAUGUGACACUUGUGACCAGCAAACAGGACAGUGCAUGGUUGUUUGCAGUAAAUAUUGUAACAGGAAUGUGAACUCUAUUUCAUGUAACAACGUCACUGGGGCGUGUCUUCAGGGUUGUGAGGAUGGGUGGUACGGUGACCAGUGCCAGAAGAGGUGUCCCCCAAACUGUAUAGAUGGCACGUGUGAACGGACCCAGGGACAUUGUGUAACAGGCUGUGUGCCGGGCUGGAAAGGAAUCACUUGUAGUGAGUCCAGUAAGAGUACAGCCAUACCCAGUAUGGGAAUGAUUGCGGGGGCAGUAAUAGCAGCUAUAGUUGGUGUGGCUAUCAUCGUUAUCAUCACGUAUUUUUUCUGCUGCAGGAAAAAGAAGAGAGUAGAAAAAGACGACGAUACUUACACUAACAUUUCCUACCCUCCUUAUACAAACAAUGGUUUUAUGUUAGAUUCUGGGAUGUAAUUUGAGCUUUGUAGAUAUUUAUUUUGACUGUAUUUAUUUUUAUACACAUUUUUGAUAAAUUGUCCUAAGUCUAUUGUGUGAAUAAACUUUAUGCUUUUCUU